AUGAGAAAAUUUCACAGCAAGCACAAGAUAGAAAACAAUCUCGAUCCCGACGAGGGGAAUUCGAGGCUAUGCAGCGCCUGCAAACUACCGAUCUUCACGACUCCGUUCAAAUCAACGGAGUCGGGAAGGGAUUAUAUGCACGAGCAGUGCAGCAAUCUGCCUAUCAAUUUAGAUGGCAGCGAUUUGCACCCUUCCUUGGAACCUCUCGAGAAGCAGCCUAAUCUCGACGAAAGCAAAUGCUCCAAAUGCGACGCUGUUUGUGGGGAUGUGAUGUACCGUUGUCGCGACGCAGAGUGCGAUUUCCAGCUCGACGUGACGUGCGCUUGGCCGGUCAAGAUCCUGCACCGGAGCCACGACCACAGGCUGACUGUCAACCGCUGCUCCAGAGGCUUUUUCUGCAGUGCAUGUGAGACCGAGCAUCGGCCGGGUCUGUUGUGGGCCCAGCCGACGCCUUUGGUCUACGCAUGCAGUGCAUGUGAUUUCUGGCUGCAUCCGCACUGCGCUGCGUUGCCAAAUGCAAUCCAGCACAAGCGCCACCGCCAUCCGCUCCUUCUCGAUUACAGGGCCAGAUCGACGUCGUGUCACUGUGAGAUUUGUCAAGACAUGGUCUUGAGUUGGGGGUUUUAUUCCUGCACUGUGUGUGAUUACCAUCUCCAUAUCAUAUGCGCCGUCUCAGAUGACCAGAGUUUCCAACCAGUUCUGCUCCGAGAAGCUAUGCAAGAAAAUCGAGUUCCAGAGUUGGUUCAUCUUCCGGUACCUGACGAAUACACAAGUAUUCUACGACACAUAGCAAAAUGCACCACCUUCCCAAGUGAUGACAUAGUGCAACACCAACAUCCACUAACCUUGCACCACGACUAUCCCGUCUACAACGAUGACGAGGAGAUCGACAACGACGUUCACCGGCUCCCUAAGUGUGAUGGGUGCGUACAAUUCAUCUCACCUCCAUACUACACCUGCUCCCGAUGCCCGAAACUCCUUCUCCAUGAUUGUUGCGUGCGUCUCCCGUGCGAGAGAGCGCUCCUCCCGCUCAUGGGUUCCCUGGAAAUAGGGUGGCUCAGCCGUCGCACAGGUUCGCUCAUCGGCCUAAAUAGUCGAAACGAGUCUUCCCAUGGCAUCUCAAAAACCCUGUGCUGCAAUCGCCUUACCAACGGAUUCACCUACUCCCACCUCGAAAAACACAGGGACAUCAUGUGCAGCUUCAUGCCUGACUCGAUCACGCACGCUGCCCACGCCAACACGCACGUGCUCCGCUCAUACGUACACCCAUUACAAUAUGAGGUAGCGACGUGCCGCUGCUGCAACGGAUUUCUAAGGGACAUAUCCUACAACUGCACCACAUGCCGCAAUUUCAGCAUACACGCUACGUGUGCGCGCCUGCCCGCCACCGUCCGCCACGUUUCCGACCCGCAUCCCCUGCAGCUCGUCACGGCCCCACCUCCUCACGUGCAGCCGCAGACCAUCUGCGACGCAUGUGAGCAGGGCCUUGACAGCACGCAGUGGUACUACGGCUGCGCGGAGUGCGAGCAGGCAUUCCACGUGGACUGCAUACCCUGCUUAGAUCACCUAUCUUUGAUCAAGUACGAGGCUGUUGAGGUUCAUGUGGAGUAUCAUAAAUGUCCACUCACUCUCGUCCGCGGACACAUGGUCCGCGGCCGUCGGUGUGGCCGUUGUGGGGAAGGCUACCGUAAUAGCCUGGCGUUCAACUGCUUUAAAUGCCAUUUUAGCAUCCAUGUUACUUGUUUCGAGACAUUUUCUCUACUUUUCAAAGUGUCUAAGAAGACGAGGCUAUCCUUGAAAAAUCACUAGACAAUUGUCGCAGGGCCAUCAUCAUAGUACUAUCUAAUGAGUGUAAACAUAUAUGUUAAUUUCUGCUAUAAAAGUAUGUCUAUUUAAAUCAUUUUGUGUGUAUAUGGGCGAUCAAAUCUGAACAUACAAUUUUUUAUUUGAAAUUUAAUGAUUCUAUGUUGGACACAUGUCAAGCACUAAUAAUUAGGUUUUGAUAAAUGAUAUUUGAAAAUUUUUGUAUUAAUACUACCCCAUUCGCACAAUAACAGUUAUAUCUUGUGUACUUUCCACAAUAAAUGUCAUAUUUCAUUUUUAUCAUAAAUGG